AUGCAGCAAUUACCUUUGGCGUGUUUUUUAUCACUGAUACGUCCCCCAGGAGUGGCCUUCGAAGAUGGCUACCUCCAGAUCCUGCCGGUCGACAAGGCCAAGUGUCCGUUCGUGAAAGACUCAAACGAUAUCACCUUCAGACUGUACACGAGGCACAAUCCCAUAAUGUUCCAAGAGCUGAAGAUUGACGAUGACGAGAGCCUAUUCGCGUCGCACAUCAACUUCCAUGACCCGACCGUCAUCUACUUCUCUGCGUUUCUAGAACAACCUGAUGACGGCAGUGGACUGCAAGUCAGAGAAGCCUACAUGUUACGCGGCGACACCAACUUCAUAAUCCUGGACUUGAGCCGCUUGGAAGCCGGCCCCUGGUACUUCACGGCGGCUGAGAACACUUGGUAUAUUGGCAACUUCGCUGCAAAGUUCAUAGACUACUUGGUCUCAAGGGGAUUGGAUUUGAAAAAGACACAUCUAAUAGGACACAGUUUGGGGGCACAGUCCGCGGGGGUCGCCGGAUCUGCACUAAAAUCAGGUCGUGUAUCCCGUAUCACUGGACUGGACCCCGCGUUCCCGCUGUUCGACAAGCUGCCCUUGAGUCAAAGACUAGACCCGUCUGAUGCGGAAUUCGUUGAUGUCAUACACACAGACGCUGGGAUAUUCGGUUACAACCGACCCACUGGGCACGUGGAUUUCUACCCGAACGGUGGUAUCAGUCCUCAACCAGGCUGCGAACUGGAGAUAGUGCUUCACGAACAGAGGUUAUUGAACAAAUGUGAUGGCACCGCACAACCGCACGGCUAUUACUCAUUCACACUGGACGUGAAGAAUAAAACGAACAAUUUCGAAGAGAGACUGACACAAUACUUUAACCACAUCGACGAAUUAAAGUCAAACUCGGACAAAGACGACAUUAAAACAACUAUAAAAGUUAAUACAGAAAACACCAAAGAAGUAACAAUAGAAACGCAGAAACACAAAUUCGAUAAACAUGACAAACGAAACAAAACUCGUAAAACAUCUAAUAACAAAGAAAGACAUGUACAAAAACAUAUUGAUGCUGAAUUUGAAACACUCGAAAAACUAAAUAAAGAAUCCAAUAACUUUAAAAGAGAAAAACGCAUUACUCUUGAUAACGUUAAAUUUAUCAGUGACGAUAUUUCAAAAUUUAAUGACGAAGUAACCAGAAAUAGUGAUACUAAACCCCACAAACGAGAAAAGAGGUUCAUAUCCUUUUUUAGAAACGACAAUGAUGAGAAUUUCUUGUUGAAAAUGCUAGAUUUUCUGGUGAAGAACAGAAAGAAUGUACUACCAGUUGUGACUGUUAUGAGGGAGAUUAAUACUUUAGUUAAAAAUGCGAACGGUGAAUUGAGUCAUUUUACGAAAGAAAGGAACAACUAUAUAGCAAAGGGGGUAGAUUGUCCAUCACUGGGAGCGGAUAAUGAGAGCCCGUGGAACGUACUUCCUGAUGACUAA